AUGAAGAGAAGGAUAGGCAAUGUAAACACUCUGCACCAGCAGAGCGCAUCAACGCAGAUAAAGUUUGACGCAACAGACUUGUUGUGUGUUCAGACCCCUCAUGAGGACCCUCUGGUCGUAAGUUUGACAGUGACCAAAUGCUUGGUGCGCAGAGUUCUAAUUGACCCUGGAAGGUUUGAUGGAAAGCGAGUGGAGCCCGUCGGCACGGUGGAGGUAGCAGUACAUGCUGCCGAGAGGGUUUUGAUGGAAACUUUUGUAGUUGUUGAAAUUCAUCCCUCUUAUAAUCUUCUGAUGGGCAGAGGGUGGAUCCACAGAGUUCGAGGUGUUCCUUCCACUCUGCAUCAGGUAAUGAGAUGCCUGGCACCGGAUGGAACCAAAGUGAUUGACAUUCAUGGAGACCAAGUUGCAGCAAAAGAAUGUUACUCUGUAACGAUGAAACAUGCCGAAAAGGGGAAAGCUCACAUUCGUUCAAUCGAUCAGUUUCGACCAGAACGAACAACCAGAGUAGGGGAGAGACUCGUUGAGGAGGAAAAGCAUGAAUUAGUUGAUUUUUUGUCUCAAAAUGCAGAUGUGUUCGCAUGGAGUCACCUAGACAUGCCCGGGAUCGAUCCUUCGGUAUCCUGUCAUUCUUUGAACGUUAACCCCAAUGCAAAACCUGUAAAGCAGAAGCAUCGACGGUUUGCCCUCGAGCGCAACCGAAUUAUUGCCGAGGAAGUUGAUAACUUCUUGAUGCGGGGUUCGUAA